CCCCCGCACCGCCGCCGAGCCCCGCGGCCUCCCCGCGCCUUUGUGCGCGGCCCCGCGGCCCUGAGGGGCGGCUCGGUGUGGCGGGGCUGAGCCCGGGCCGGCGCCGCCUUUGCCCCUCGCAGGUGGCGGCGGGAGCGAGCGGGGACAGCGGUGACUUCCCCGUGAUCCCGGGCGCGGAGACCUCGGAGCGAAUGGAAACUGGGGGCGAUGCCAGCUCGACACCUCGGCGGGGAGGAGGAGGAGGAGGAGGCGGCGGGGCCGCGGACACCGGCAUGAGCGCGGCCGGGGGCGCCGCUGCCGCCGAGCCGGGCAGCCCGGGCGCCGCUCCUCCCCGCGCCCCCGGCUCCAGGGACCCCAAGAUGGUCCAUCAGCGGUUCCUGCGGAGGAGCGUGGUGGACUCGGACCAGGAGGAACCCGCUUUCGACCUCCCCGAGGCGGAGCACCAGAGGAAGAUCAUCCUGCUGCCCAAGACGCGGAGGCUGAUCGCGGGCCGGGGGGAGCCGCUGUGCCUCGGGGCCGAGCCCGGGGGGCUGCGGGCGGCGCCGGGCCCCGCUGAGGAGCCGCGGGACGCCGGCAGGGACAGCGAGAGGCGGGAGGCGGCCGAUGCCUCCAAGGACCAGAGCAAGGCUAAGAAAGAGGAGCCCGAGGAGGAGGCGGACAUGAAAGCCGUCGCCACCUCGUUGGAUGGCAGGUUCCUAAAGUUUGAUAUUGAACUCGGGCGGGGAUCCUUCAAAACGGUCUACAAAGGUCUGGACACGGAGACGUGGGUGGAAGUCGCGUGGUGCGAGCUCCAGGACAGAAAACUCACAAAAGUGGAGAGACAGAGAUUUAAGGAGGAAGCAGAAAUGUUAAAAGGUCUACAGCAUCCGAACAUUGUGAGAUUUUAUGACUUCUGGGAGUCCUGUGUGAAAGGCAAGAGGUGCAUCGUGCUGGUUACGGAAUUGAUGACCUCUGGAACACUGAAGACAUAUCUGAAGAGGUUUAAAGUGAUGAAACCAAAAGUCCUGCGUAGUUGGUGCCGGCAAAUCCUGAAGGGUCUCCUCUUCUUGCAUACAAGAACUCCACCAAUAAUUCACAGAGACUUAAAAUGUGACAAUAUUUUUAUUACUGGACCAACUGGAUCUGUGAAAAUUGGAGACUUGGGUCUGGCAACCCUCAAGAGAGCUUCGUUUGCCAAAAGCGUGAUAGGAACACCUGAAUUUAUGGCCCCAGAAAUGUAUGAGGAACACUACGAUGAAUCUGUGGAUGUCUAUGCUUUUGGGAUGUGCAUGUUGGAAAUGGCUACCUCAGAAUACCCUUACUCAGAAUGCCAGAAUGCUGCUCAAAUUUACCGGAAAGUAACCUGUGGUAUAAAGCCGGCAAGCUUUGAGAAAGUUACUGAUCCUGAGAUUAAGGAGAUAAUUGGGGAGUGCAUUUGCAAAAAUAAAGAAGAAAGAUAUGAAAUUAAAGAUUUAUUAAGCCAUGCCUUUUUUGCUGAAGAUACUGGGGUAAGAGUGGAACUUGCAGAAGAAGACCAUGGUAGGAAAUCCUCUAUUGCCUUAAGACUCUGGGUAGAAGAUCCUAAGAAACUGAAAGGAAAACCCAAAGAUAAUGGAGCCAUUGAGUUUACUUUUGAUCUGGAGAAGGAAACUCCUGAUGAUGUUGCACAAGAAAUGAUUGACUCUGGAUUUUUUCAUGAAAACGAUCUCAAGAUAGUUGCGAAGUCUAUACGUGACAGAGUAGCAUUAAUACUAUGGAGAAGAGAACGAAUCUGGCCUAGAAUGCAGUCGGAGGAACGUCGGGACUCUGAAAGUCUGGAGAAGUCAAAGAUGCCGCAUGCGCAGCAGGUCCAGGUCACCUACCUUUCUCACACUGGUCACCAUGUCCUGUCGGAGUCGGAGGAGCCUGAGGCCGAUCAGCAUCCCUUUCAGCAAAACCUGCCCACCAGCGCCACAUCUGUUGCAUCUGACAGCACCUUUGACAGUGGUCAGGGGUCCACUGUUUAUUCAGACUCCCAAAGCAGCCAGCAAAGCGUCAUCUACUCAUCCCUGCCAGACCCAGUACCUCCUGCUAUGCAGCGGGUGUAUAGCCCACCUCUGAGCGAGAGCCAGGCUGUGCCCCAUAGCCUCCAGCAGCUGGGGCACUACCAGCAGCCCUCUGUACCUGGCCUCCCUGCAGUUCAGACUGCGCCCACGGUGGUGUCCCAGAGGCCUCAGCACUACCAGGAGCCGGCGAUGCCAUUCCCCGUCGUCCAGCCCACCACCGUCGCCUCUCUGCCGCUGGGGCAGCAGGUGCUGGCCAGCCAGCAGCAGCCGCCCAUCUCGCAGCAGGCCUCCCUGCAGCAGGUGCUGGCCGGCCAGCCCGUUUGCCCCAUGCAGCCCGCAGCCCAUCUCCUGCCGCAGUACCAGCCGCAGACCUCUCAGGUGGCAGCCAGCAGCACUCCGCUAAAACCCCUGCAGAUCUCAACCGUGCCGCAGCUUCCGCCAGUGGCCCCGACCCAGAUUCCUCAGUUUCCUGUCAUUCCUGCAAUUACUCCUCUGGCAGGGCUUGACAGCCUUCCUCCAAACCUCCCUGACAUACCUGCUGCAAAUGUGCCCCCUAUCCCUGCUCCCUCGCAGUAUUUUGCUCCGGCUGUGAUUUUACCCAGCCUGCCCAUGAACCCCACUCUGCCCAUGGCCCCCAACUCCCCUGCCCUCCCCAUGCAGGCGGUCAAUCUGCCUCACACUACCGUGGCUUCUUUGGUCUUGCCCUGCCAAACAAUUGUGCCAAACAUGUCAGCUGCGACAAUCCCGUUGCUUGCCGUGGCCCCGCCGGGGGUACCGACGUUGCCGCCACAUCCCGGGGUGCCCCCACUGCCCCAGCAGCAGAUGUACCAGACCACCUUCCAGCAGAUCAUUCAGAGUGAUGCGCCCUCUCCCCAUCACAGUCAGAGCACGCAGGCGGUGUCCCAACUGCAGCAACCUCCACCCGCUCAGUCGCUGCAGCCGAGUGUUAUUCAUCCUUCCGAACAGCCUCUCUGUGCGCCAGGGGCUGCUCACCAGCAGAUGACUGGACACACUCAGUUUGCUUUGGAAGCUGGAGCCCAGGUGCUGCCUGCGCAACCUUCAAUAGUCAUGUCACCGCUUUUGCAGUUGCAGCCUGAACUGUUACCUCCCCGCACUGCUCCGGAAGGCAUUUCCCAGAUCCAUGGCAGCCUUGCUACAGCUAGUCCACCCGUCCCCAUAGAUCCCUGUCUGCCUCUUCAGCCUUCUGCUCUGCUGCAGCCUCAGCCCGAUAUUUCUCAGCUGCUGGGUCCGCAAGUCCCAGCUCCGUGCUCCGCUGUCCAGGCAGUCACAGAGACAUCUCAAGAGGAGCAGGCAAUACAGGACAAACUUCAGAGUCUGUCACAGAGCUGUGAAAGCUACAUGAGUCCAGAUGUUACUUCAGGUAAGGAGAUGAGUGACAGCUUUGAAGGAGCCCUAGGAAGUGGAAAACAAGAAGGAAAGUCUUCAAAGAAACAUAAGAAGUCUACCCGGGCUCGUUCACGCCAGGAGAAGUCCAGCAGACCCAAACUGACCAUAUUAAAUGUUUGUAACACAGGGGAUAAGAUGGUGGAGUGCCAGCUUGAAACACACAAUCACAAAAUGGUCACUUUUAAGUUUGAUUUGGAUGGUGACGCGCCAGAGGAAAUUGCUACGUACAUGGUAGAGAAUGAAUUCAUAUUGCCAAGUGAAAAAGAGACAUUUAUUGAACAAAUGAAAGAUAUUAUUGAUAAAGCAGAAGAUAUGCUCAGUGAAGAUACAGAAGGAGAGAGAAGUUCUGAUCAGGGAAUGAGUCCCCAGCAAGAUACCGAUAAACUGGAAAUGAGUGAGGAGAAGCGGCAGUCUCAAAUGAAGACACCUGUGUACCAACAAAAUGUUUUGCAUACGGGGAAAAGGUGGUUUAUUAUCUGUCCCGUUGUGGAAAACCCUACUACUGAUGCACCGGAGUUUUCUCCACCGGUACCUCAGAGCACGCAGCAUUCUGAAGGGCCAGACCUGGAGCAGUCGGAUGAUCAGCAAGGUAGCUCUGUGGUGACGGAUCCAUCCGGUGUGUUGGCUUGUCAGCAGCUUCCCCUCCAAGCAGGUGUAUGUGACAGCCCCGCCGGAGCUUCGCUGUCUCUGGCACAAGCACCUUCAGCUGGUUUACCGAGCCACGUGGAGUUUUCCAGUCCGGCACCACCUGGAGCCGCUCCAAAUGUCCUGGAGCAGGUGGCUGCUAACGGAGGUCAGCUGGAAUAUGCUCCACUGCAGGCAGCGAUGCCCGCUCCACCGGGCACUCCUCUCCCCCAUGCUGCCUUGCUGGACGAGCUUCCUGACACUCUCCUUGCUCCUCAGCACCUACAGCCGCAGGCUGACGAGGAUACUUGUGUCCCUGACGUGGAGAUAGCAUGUUGCAGCGUUGGGCCACACAAGCCUGUCCCAGCAGCUGCAGCGACGGCAGCAGAGCUCUGUCCUCUCCCUGUCCUCCCGGAUUCCGUGGUCUUGGAGCGGCAGCCUGCAGCACAGGUCCCUCACCUGCCAGAUGCUGGCCAGCCCGGCGUGGUGCAGCACUCCUUCGUGAGCCAAGUGUUCCCUGCAGCCACCACCGAUCCUCUCGCUGUGGCGGGCUCUCAACUCCAGAGCCCUACGCAGGUGCCGGUGGCCGCAUCCCAGCAGCACACGAUGCUGUGCCAGGCACAGCCCGUGGCCUGCGCCGGCGUUGGGGUCAGCCUGCUGCAACAGCAGCAGCCGAGCACCGCCGAGUCCGAUGGCGAGGGGCCCCCCAGAGUGGACUUUGUUGACAACACAAUCAAAAGCCUCGAUGAGAAGCUGCGCAAUUUGCUUUACCAGGAAUACGUUCCUACUUCUUCUGCAUCAGCAGGGACUCCAGACACCUCUGUCCCCUUAGAACAGGGGGACAGUGAGUUCAUCUUGACACCUUUUCCUGAAGAUCAAGCUCCUGCUUUGGCGUUGGAUUUGAGAGAAACAGGCCAUAGUGUUGCAGAUACCAGCCAGGAGGUGAAGGCCGCUGCUGAGGCUCAGCCGGUGCCAAGUGUGCCAUCCGAGGUCUCGCCCUACCCAGUACUGGUUAGUCCAGCAGGGACUCUGCCCUACCUACCCUCAAAUCCACCAGUAGGGACAACAUCAAAGCAGAGCUCAGAACCAACCAGCUUAGUACUUGAAAAGAGUCCGAGAUCACAACAUCAAUGUUAUUCCUCAGAAGCAAGAGGUGGGUCAGCAAGCACAAAAGGUCCAACUGUGAGCAUCGCUUCAGCUCCUGCCGCUACACCACAAGGCCUCCUUCAGGUUCCGCCCACAUCAUCAAGCAUAGCUCAACAGAUGGAAACUUCUAAAAGUAGCGAGAAGGCAAAGACUUCAUCUGCACACACGGAUAAUGUAACGCAGCUCUCUACAGCAGAUGGGGUGAUAAAUAACCUUCAGAAGGAUGACUCUCUAGACUCUGGUUCCUAUGGAAAACAGGCUGAGAUUCAUGAUAGUGGUACACCAGCCAAAACGAUUGGCAGGUUUUCAGUAAUCAGUACACAAGAUGAAUUAACUUUGACAGCGCCGCACUGCCUUAAGGUCUCGGCACCCCCGGACGUUUAUUUGGAUGAGCUCCCUUCCAGCCCUGAUCUGAAAGACGGCAGUCCGACGGAUUGCACAAACAGCCUCUUUGUCGAUGUCCUCUGUGACCAGGGCUCGAGUGAUUCUGCAGAUGAGCCUUUCCCUCGGCAGCCGGCUGCUGCUGCUCAGCUUUCCCCCCCAAGCAGUAGCACAGCCACUGACUUAAUUAAAAAAGCAACUGCUUUUCUGCAAAGAUCUGGAAAAGCUGGGUCACCAGGCCUCGAUUCACCCAAUGGGCAAGGAGCAAAAAUCCCUACUAUCAACAUAACUUCUUUCCACUCGCAGUCAUCUUACAUGAGCAGCGACAAUGACUCAGAGUUUGAAGAUGCAGAUAUGAAGAAAGAAUUGCAGAACCUGAGAGAAAAGCAUAUGAAAGAAAUUGCUGAACUUCAGACACAGCAGAAGAAUGAGAUAGAAGCCCUGUAUAUUCGGUUAGGCAAACCCCUCCCCCCUAACCUAGGGUUCCUUCACUCAGCCCCACCAAGCAGCCGUCGCCGAAGAACCAGCAAAAAUAAAUUGAAAGCUGGAAAACUAUUAAACCCUCUGGUCCAGCAGCUCAGGAGUGGAACAUCAAGCACAAGUAAUCUCUCAGACUCUAAAGACUCACCCCACAAAGAAACACCCAAAACUCAGCCUGGGUCUCCCGAAGCAGCGGCAGUAACUUCCCCAGCAUCAGCCACCUUCGGGAAGGCUGUUCAGACACAGCAGCCGUGCUCUGUCAAAGCCUCUUUGUCUUCUGACAUCUGCUCCGGCUUAGGCCCUGAAGGAGGUGACGUGAACGCAAGCUCUGGCCAAGGCUGGACGGUUUUCCACCAAACGUCUGAGAGAGUGACCUAUAAAUCUAGUAGCAAACCUCGUACCAGAUUCCUCAGUGGACCUGUGUCUUUGUCCAUCUGGUCCACCUUGAAACGACUAUGUCUAGGCAAAGAUCACAGUAGUAGAUCCUCGACAAACAGUCUGGUAACAUGUCCUGAGCCCCUCCCGCAAUCAACCCUGCAGGUUCAGGCCAACAACAGUAACAACAAGAAAGGGAUGUUCACAGACGAUCUUCACAAGCUGGUUGACCAGUGGACAAGCAAAACUGUUGGAGCUGCACAGACAAAACCUUCUUUAAACCAACUGAAGCAGAACCAAAAAAGGCAAGACAUGGAGCCAAAGGCUAAUCCCAUGCAAACACAGAAUGAGACGUAUGGAGUUAAUUCGGUAAGAACAGGAUUGGGGAAAAAGUGCGUUGUUCCCAUGCCUUGCCCCAUGCCUGCUGCGUUAGCUCCUGGAGCGCCGCCGUCCCUGCCAGUGCCUCUGCCAGGGCCUGCCCUCUCUGGCACAGUGACGCCAUACAUGAUGCCUCUCUGUCAGUACGGAGGAGUGUUCCCUGCGCCUCUUUACGGAGUGCAGUCGAGGCCGGCUGCACAGCCUGGCAUUGCCCGAGGCCCGAGCAUGGCACGGUUCUCGCCUCUGGGCAAAGCCUGCUUGCGGCUGUACCCAGUGCCGCUGCAGCGCCCCACGGCCGAGGCGCCGGGCCCGCGCCUGCACAUGACGUAGCACCUCGCCGUAGGGGACUGUGAUGUUGGCGCCGUCGCUGGAGUGAUCGGUAGAUGCCACCCGCGUCGGAGGAGACGGGGGUCCGGGUACACAUACAGCCAUACCCUGAUCAGCAGUCACUGUGAAACGGUUUCACAAGAGAUAGCCUGUCUGUGCUGGCAAUAUUUGUUUGUAUUUCAUUGCUGAAGACACUUUAUUCUGUUGUGUUCGGAUGUUUUACACUUGCGAUCCUUAAAGUCAAUGUACUUGAAUCGAUGACUGGAAAAUUGUACUAACCCCUGCAGGAGUUCAGUGCCUUGAAUUUCAGCUUUUCAGUUCCAGCUGGAAAGAGAUGUACAAUUAUUUGAAAGGUGUGCUUUAUUUACAAUCCCGUUGUGAGUUGGAGUUCUUUUUAUUUGAAAAGAUAUCAAAGGUCUACCGUCAAUAUUCGUCAUCAGUUUCAUUCUGCUGUAAAUGCUUUUAUCAUCAUUCGUGAGUUGAAUUUUCAUUUCUGAAGCUUUUAAAAUACUAAUAAUUGUGAGGUGAGGUUUGUUUGAGAUGUUGAUGAAAAAAUUGUUGGUGUUUGUGCGAGGAGUAGUGAAGUGCACAUUCUAAAAUAGGAGAAUUUACAGAGUAAGCUAAGUCAGUUGUAUAUAAGGACAGGUGAUAGCUUCGGGCAGUGCAAUUCAUCCUCUUCCCCCAUCUUUGGUAAAGUUGUUGUCACCAGCAACUUAUUUCUCUAACAGACAGGCAAAUACUUCCAAAUCAGCAGCCAAAUGGAUUAUGUUUUAUUUCCUUUACUGGACUUUUAUAAUUUAAUUAAAUUUGUGCAUGUUUCAGAAGUGAAAAAAAUCUAACUGAAAUCCUGACUGUUGGAGCACAUAUCUGCAGGUUGCUGUAAGAACCUUGUAAGUACAGCACUCGUGUUUUCUGGCUUUGGUUCUCCUGCUGAGGCUCAGAAAGUUGUUUUGCCACUGACGUGCCAGCAGCAUUCAUGCUACAACAGAAUAAAAAUGUGAAGCUAUUCUUUUUCAUAUUCACUUGUGGAGUCGCACCACCUUUCGUUGGAAAAUUUGGGUUUCUCUUGUUUGCUUUGGGGUUGUUUUUUGGUUUAACUCAGUUUAAUUCAGGUGGCAUGGACACCUCUCUCCUGUUUGAAAGUUUCUUUUUGCCUCAUUUGUCAUGCGUCGAAUCUCCAUCCGCACCUCGCAGUCUAAAGGCACGGGAUAACCACUAACCCUGGGCUGCUCAUGGUAAGUCUCCUCUCACCAGAAAGCGCUAGGCAUGGGUCGCAUCCAAGGGCGCCUUGCUGUGUAUCUACUGCGAUGACAUUCUAUGCCGUCUGCUGAAGGGCAGAGAUGCCUUGUGCUGCCAAGCUGUGAAUUGUAUAGUUCUAUUGUACUUUGAGCAUUAUAUCUGUCUAAAUUAUUUGGUUUGUACCCUUUGAAUAUAUUAUUCCAUCAAUUCAGUUAGAAUUGAAUUUUAUAGCCAAUUAUGCAGAGUCUUCUGCCUGGGCAAAAUACUUACUGUAGUAAGAGAUUUCUGUUCUCUGUAAGAUGUAUCUUUUAAUUUCUUUGGGUUUUUUAGAUUCAUGUCUGUAUGCUUCAUGAGCAAACAUGAAAAAUAUGUUCUCACACCCAUUUUCCUUCAGCUUGCACUGACUCUUACGGUUUCUGUUGCUGUUGCCUGUUGUAUAGUCCAUCCCCUGUAUACUGACAGAGUCAGUGGCACUAAAACCCCUGAGAAAUUGUAUAGAUCAAAGAGAAGAAAAAUAAACAUUUUGUGCUUGAAAAUUGUGUGAAAAACCCAGUGUUUUUCUAAAACAUAGAAUUGUGUCAAUUCCCAGCUGUUCCGGUAACUCUACCUUUAUUUUCCAGACUCUUAUCCCUUGGUUUGUGUAGAAGGAGCAGAUGUGAUGCCUCCACUGUUCCUCAUGUUCUGCUCAUAACUGAUUCGUCCCACCUCUUGGCAGCUGUAGAAGUCAAACAGUUCUCCAGAAGUUGUUCAGUGCCAUCUCACAGGUUAUGUGGCUUGAAAUCCCGCUGCAGGAUUCCUGGUGUUACGCUGCUACAAAGCAGACUGGAACAUCAAGUGGGUUACUUUAAGCAAGGGUAUCUUCAGUAUUGCUGGUGGUAUGUGUGAAGAUGCUAGAGUGGUGAAAGAGGCACUUGAACUGUGUCUCUCCAACAGAGAAAAGCGCUAAGGAAGCCUUUUUUACUUGAUGGUGGCAUCAUUUAAGUGUAAGGAAGUGAAGAUAGGAACUUCGGCGCCGAUGCAAUCACCCUCUUGGCGGUCACUGUCAUUGGUGUAGGCUGCAGGAGAACUUAGGAAAGGAGAGGCAGGCAGCGGUUUGAUACUCCUGCUUCUGUGUGCCUGUGCAUUGACUCGUGUGGCUUUGCUGUGUGUGCCGCGUACAUCUGAACGGCUGCGAUUGGUGCUGCAGCUGGCGGGGAGCGUCUUUCACUUUGGCGGCUGCGUUGCAUGCGCUGUGCGCCCAGGCAGAGCCAGCAACAGGCAGGGUGGGUGGGCUGUGCGAGCAAGGCUUCCAAAUCUCUAGUGGGUGUAUGCCUAACUAUUGCAUCUUUCACUGCUGUUGGGACCAAAAAACAGCUCUGAGGUUCAUAUCUGCAUUUCUGUAUUCAUGGUUUCAAUUUUCUGAUAGCUGUCUUGGCUGCAAUUACUCCAGCUCUCAGCUUCAAGCUCUGUUUUGUUGCCCUCCGUCGUACCGAUCAUAUCAAAGGGUGCUUUGAGCCUCAGUGGCAAUUAAGCAAGUAAUAUGAGAUUAAAUAAACAGGACAAAUUCUGAGGAAAAUGUGAGUAAAGGAGCAAGAGGGAACUGAGGGUUCCAUGCUGCACCGUCAGAGGUGGGAGGGCUGGAUGCAAAAAGGCAUUUCCCUACAGAUGCCAGAGCUGAACAAAUUGUAUUCCUGACUCGGAAUAUUGCAUUGAUGUGUAGCUAGCAAGCAAGGGUCAAACCCACGUAGUAGAAUUCCUUGCCUUCCUGGCUGCAGGCCUGCAAACGUGUCCCAUAGCUCUGCCAUUUCCUGACGUUGCCAGUGCUGGUCUGCAAGGAUGCGUGUGAAGUGAAGUGCAGAUCUCCAGCUUUAAGGAGAAGAUUUCGAUGGGGGCAAACUCUUCAGUUUUCAACCUUUUAGAAGUUGUAGAAACUCAAGACAAAUAUUGAAAGAAAGUUUUAAACUGCCAAGUCACGCACCCAGUAGUUCAGAAAUGUCAAAUUAAGUCUGCCCAUAUCCCAUUAAUUUGGUUUUCCGAUUGCCAUACAUCAUGGUGGAAUAUGUAAAUGUGUAAUCACAUCCUGUUUCCCACUGAUCCUGGCUUCACUUGGAGCAGGGCUAGGUGGGGAGGAAUCAUAGAAUCAUUAUGGUUGGAAAAGACCUCUAAGCUCAUCCAGUCCAACCACCAACACAACCCCACCAUGCCCACUAAACCAUGUCCCCAAGUCCCACAGCCGCAUAUUUCUUUUUUUAACUCCUUCAGCAAUGGAGACUCCCCCACUGCCCUGGGCAGUCUCUGCCAGGGCUUCAACACUCUGUCAGGAAAGAAAUGUUUCUUAAUAUCCAAUAGAAACCUGCCCUGGUGCAACUUGAGGCCAUUUCCUCCUGUCCCAUUGCUUGUUACUUGGGAGAAGAGAGCAGCACCACAACCUCCUUUCCAGGAGCUGCAGAGAGUGAUGAGGCCUCCCCUUAGACUCCUCCAGACUAAACAGCCCCAGGGCCCUCAGCCACUCCCAAACCCUUUCCCAGCUCCAUUCCACUUCUCUAGAUGUGCUCCAGACCCUCAAUGUCUUUCUUGUAAGCCACAUCCCUGAGCACCUCAUCUACCCACCAUUUAAAUCCCUCCAGGGUAUAUCUACCAUCUUUUAAAUACCUCCUUUACACCUAUCUCCAAAGGUCUCCUUUUUUACUCUCUACUUCUGUAUUUUUCUCUGAAAUAUUGGACAUUGACUGGUAUCAAAGAGAAGAUGAGGGACUGCACAGGCUAGAUGUUGCGGUCUCUGCUCAUACAGAGAGCUGUCUGUUCAGGAAUAAGGCGUCCUUGUGCUAAACGGCAGUAUUUCUGCAAUCAAUUUCUUAAUCAAGUCACAGGGUUUGCCAUUUGGUAUUUGUGGAAGGAAAUCCCUAAUACAUUUGAAUCAGUCAUUGGUUUAACUUGGCUUCGUCAAUGAUUGCUCUUUCCCUUCACGCUUUUUAAUUUAUGGUCUCAGUGCAUUAUUUUCAAUUCUGAGAACGUUCAGAAUUUUGCCAAACAAGCCCCCUGGACUUAGUGCUUGAUGGGUCCUUGUCAAUAUUGUUCGUGUUAGAGUAGGAAGAACAUCUGUCCUCCUACAUUCUUUGGAAGUUGGCUUUGGAGAGCUGUAAUGAGAGGUCUCCCUUCUGAAAUGAAUUAACCUCUGCAUUGCUUUUCCUCUCUCCUGUAAACCCCCUGGACUUAGCACUUGCUGGGUCCGUAUCAGUGUUGUUCAUGUUUGAGUAGGAAGAACGUCUGUCCUUCCACGUUCUUUGGAAGGUGGCUUUGGAGAGUUGUAAUCAGAAGUCUCCUUUCUGGAAAGAAAAAUGUUGCUUUCCCUGUCCCUCCCCUAAUUAAACAAAGGGCUCAAGCCUUUUUGAGUAAGACUGAUGUCUCAGAUGUUAGCUAAUAUGGUAGAAACCUACCUUGUUUUCUGUCUUUCUGCCAAUUAGCCCCCGCCUGAGUUCUCAAUAGAUGCUCCCCAAAGCGUUGGCUUGGAGACAGCAGUCACAAAUGAAAUCGUUAAUGACGAUGAGAUAGUAUGUUUAAUACCUCAGUAAGUUUUCUUGUGUUCUGUCAUUCCUCAUCUGCCCUUCUCAGUCCCUGGAGGUGUUUGUGGAGAAGGACAGCAGUGCUGGGAAGCUGCACGUAGGCGAAGGUCUCUUUGCAGAAUAUAUGAGCAGGGAAUUCACGUGCUUUCCAUUGUCAUGGAUGAACAUCUUGCUAAGGAUUGAAUUUAUAAAACAGCAAAACCAUAAGUGCAUGGAAUUUCUUGCUGUGGUUACUUGUUAUUGACUGAAUACUUGAGGAGCAUCUUUGCUUUGUGGUGCUGGGCUGUGGACGCCUGGUGCUUUGGGCUGAGCUUCAGUUCUGUAUUUGGGCAAGCUGAUGGACUGAUCCUCACGGUGUUUCUCCUGAAGGACCCUGGUAAAAUUAUUUUCCUGGCUCUAUGCUCCUGAAAUGAGCUGUGGGUCAGAUGGGAAUUGUGUUGUGACUCACCCACUUGGCUGGCGUGUGUGUUUCACGGAGAUCUGUUUGUGGAGAAUGAAGUGGGAAGGUGAUAUUCCAGCCCUGACCCUGCUGGUUCUUCUAUUAAUGCAGAUAAGCUCCAGGCAUGCAACAUAAUGAAAUGGAUUUUAGGAGCUGCCAGGUUACAAAUUCUGCAUUAUGAAAGAAUUUGCUGCUCGAAGUGUGUGGAUGCACCAUAACACUGAUUUUAGCUGGGUCAGUAAAUAGAUUACCUGUAACUAGUUCACCUAAAAGCCAAGUUUGUACCAGGAGGCAGCAACUCUUACAAAUUCUGUGAUCCUUUCUGCUUUUUUUUCCAGAGUGAUGGUUGUAGUGGGCUAUCAAGAUUGCUGCUGUGUGUGCUUGGAUCGGUGUUUGACUAUAAAACUUCUCCCUUGAAAUAACUUUCAUAGGAAAAGUUUAGAGGCUGCAUAAUUCACGCUUUUGGCCUUACACACUAACUGAAUGGAUGGCACCAAGGAAUGGAUUCGUGACAUAAAUUUUGUGUGCUGUUGGAUUCACUUAUUAAUGAGGCAGAAGGAAACGUUAGGAUUUUUUUUCCCUUUGGAAAGGAGCAGGCGCCUUUCAUUAUUGAGGCAUGACUGAGUGCAGCUAUGACACCAUUGCUCUCAUGGAUCUUCAAGUGAAAGGACGGGUGCAGUGAGAGCCUCUUGAGUCAAAGCUCUGGGGACUUUUUUGUGUCUAUUGUAGUUUUAUCUGAGACAUUCAGGACUGACACUUUAUAAAAAUCUAAGAAAUUUGCCUAAAAGGCAAAGUAAGAGUAAGUACCUAAGAGCCCCUGGCCCAGGUUGCCCAGAGCAGU